AAUUAAUCUACAAAGAGACACUGUUUGUCUUGGCUCCUAGGAAUCUCUAACCCACCUCUUCUCUUUAUAAAUUACAGUCCCUUCUCUCAAUUUUUCUUAUCUCACAGUAGAGCAGAGAAACAUAUUAUUCAUGGCUGCUCAACAUGGAAACUCGUUAAGGGUCUCUAUAAACAACACAGUCUCUGUAUACCCCAAAACUUUGCACCCUCCACAACUUCUCAGUUUAUCAAAUUUAGAUAGACAGUGUCCAAUUCUCAUGUACUUGGUUUUCUUCUACAAACCAUCAUCUAAUGCUGACCAAAAUCAAAACUUUUCUGUUAAUGAUGUUUUCGGUAAGCUCAAAACCGGCUUAGAAGAGACCCUGUCGGUCUGGUACCCAGCUGCAGGCAGGCUGAGCUUGAAUCCGAACAAUGGAAAGCUCAAUAUAUGGUGCAAUAAUGGUGGUGCAGUUCUAGUUGAGGCGGCGACCCAAGUUACAAUCUCAGAGCUGGGAGAUCUCUCUCAGUACAAUGAGUUCUUUGAGAAUCUGGUUUUCAAGCCUGUUGUCAAUGAGAAUCCCUCAGAGAUGCCUCUGGUUGUUGCUCAGGUCACAAGAUUUGGUUGUGGAGGCUACUCUUUGGGUAUAGGCACAAGCCACUCUUUGUUUGAUGGGCCAGCAGCAUAUGAUUUCUUACGUGAAUGGGCCUCUCAAUCUAAUAUGAAAAUGAAAGCAAACCAAGCUCUUGAAUUGCAUAAACCAGUGCAUGAAAGAGGGAGAUUGUUAAUGGCUAGUAAUCAUCAAGCCCCAAUAGAAGAAACUAAAAAAUCGAAUCCAACAAUAAGGGUUGCCGCCAUAGAUCAUCUAUAUCAGUUGAUAAAAGAGGCGGCUCGUGAUCAUGGUCAGAGUGAUCAUGAAAAUUAUGUUCUUACAACUUUUCAUCUAAGUGGUGCAAUGAUACAAAAUUUGAAGCAGAAUGUCUUUGGUGACAAGAGAGGAAGGUUUUCUUCCUUUGAGGUUGUUGCAGCUCAUCUUUGGAAGGCAAGGACAAAGGCUCUAGGACUGAACAAAGACACAGCAGUGUGCUUGCAAUUUGCAGUGGACACAAGGAACAAAAUGGUUCCACCACUCCCAAAAGGUUUCAGUGGCAAUGCCUAUGUGCUUGCCUCUGUUGCUUCCACAGUUAGAGAACUAGAAGAACAAAGCCAUGAAACAGUAGCUGAGAAGAUCAAGGAAGCAAAGAACUCAGUCACCGACGACUACAUCAAUGCGUAUAUCGAGGCACUCGAAGGAGGAGGAGGAGGACAGACUACUCUCCCUCCCUUGAAGGAGCUCACACUUGUUUCUGAUUGGAGAAGAGUUCCAUUUCACAAGAUUGAUUUUCUUGGUGGUUCUGAAGAAGAUUAUGAAGUUGGUUAUGCAACCCCUUUGGUUCCUCCACUCCCACAGGUUGCUUACUUGAUGGAGAAUCCUCAUGAAACUAGUGGCAUUGAUGUGAGGAUUGGUUUGAUCCCAACAAUGCAAACUGUUUUCUCAAACUAUUUUCUCAGGAAUAUUGUGUAAUAGACUCAAAUAAUGCCAUUUGAAUUUCUCUCUUUUUAA